GAGAGAGAGAGAGAGAGAGGUUGUGGUUCGAGAGAGGGUGUGUCUACGAGGAAAGCGAAGCGAGGGUUUUCUCUCGAUGGAGAUGCUGAGAUUUGAGAGAGAUUUGAGAGAGAUUGGGCUCUAGGGUUUCCUCUCGAUCUCCAAAGGGGACAACUUUGGUGAACUCUUAUUAGACAUACCAACACUUGUUCAUAUGAAGUGACGACCUCGAAUGUGUUUUUGGAUGGAGUAACUGCAUAUGAUUGAGGGUUCUACUUUUUCAAUCUGUUGUAUUCCCCAAAAUGACACUAGAGGAUUUCUUUACUCUCACUGAGAUGAAGAAUGGGCUAGCAACUCUUGCUAGAGUUGAAGAACUUAUUGCUGUUAUGCAAAGGCCAGUGGAUAUUGUUAUUACCAGUAUAGGCAGUAUUGGUGAUGCAGCAAGACAGUGGUUGACUGUUGCAGGAACCUUAUCUGCUACUGAUAACAAUGACUGUCUUCAUCAUUUUGUCAAUUUGAAUGGCGUCUACUUUCUCAACCAAUGGCUUCAGGAAGCCAUGAAGUGCAGUAGUGAUGCUGGUGAUAGUUCAGUUGAGGAAUUGAUGAUAGCAUUACUUGGAUCACUUGCGAGGCUCCCAAUUGACAAGGAAAAGUCAAUUGCUUCUGGAAUUCAUAGGACUGUUGAAUGUUUUCUUGGGCAUAAAAACCUUGACAUAAAGGACAAGGCGAGGGAAUUACUUGAUCAAUGGAAUCCUGUGAGGAUUGAUGACACGGGAUGUCAAAACAUGGAUCUCAGUGGGGCAUCCGUAAGUGAUAUUUUCAAACCUGCAGCUGAUGAGAGCAAAGUCAAGAGCAGUUCUGAUGUGGCAAUUCCAGAAGGGAUUUCCUCAUCCAAAGCAGAGGGUGAGAACGUGGGUUUGAAAGCAGGAUCUGCUGGUGAUGAAUCUGAACAGUCAAAUGUUACUGGAUACCCUGACAACAGCCAUAAAGAUCAUACUUUGCCUGCAAACUCUUUCAACUCAACAGAUGCAAAUGAUAUUUCAACGGAUAUGAAUUCAUUGGCCUCCUCCCUUGUGUCAAAUUCUUGUCAGAAUAACUUCCCUAUUGCACAGGAGUCAUCUAUUUGCCCUGCAGCUAAUAUAGCCACAACUGGCACCUGUGGAUCUAUUGGCAAGGAAAGAAAUUUUGAUGGUCAAUCAAAUGCUUCUAUGCGUACAGAUGUUGGUGAUGGCACCAUAGAAAUGGAUGUGGUGCUUAGCACAAGGGAAAGCAGUCAGAAGAACUGCAAUAGUUUAUCUUUAGAUUUAUCUGCUCAGAAGCCAACGGCAGAAUUGGUUGAGAAUUCUGGUCUGAAAAAGAGCAGUUCUUGUAUAUCUGAACUUGCAGUAUCUCAAGCAAGGGAGCCUGUUGAUUGUGGGUCGCGAAAGUAUAUAAAGGACUUCAAGCCACAUCUUCCUAAAGCUUCUCAAAGUUUGUCCACUAAAGGAAUUGGUGAAAAGGUGGUGGUUGAUGUUCUGGAAACUUCUUGCAUUUUGAAGGAUGUUGUUAGGAGCGAAGGUGAUGCUGUGAACCUUGAAGAUUCCAAAUCGGCAGAGAACAAGUUAGGUUUCGAGACGGAUGGAGCGAUAGAUAUGGAGCUUGAAUAUGGGGAAAUUGAUGCGUUGGAAAUUGCCCGACAAAUUGCAAGAAAAGUGGAACAUGAGGUGGUUAAUUACAGAGAACCAUAUUGUAGUUCUUCUCCUGAGAUCUGUUCUUCUUCAGAAGGUAGGCAGGAUCAAUUAGCCAUCAGUGAUCAAGAUGCAGAUGGACUACCAAAUGGAAAAUUGAAGGAAGCUUCAAAAAGUUCUGAGGAUGUUAGCAGUGAUCUUGAUAAGGAUGUACAUGAUACGGAAUCAUUGAUGGCGGUGGAUGAAGAACCUGUUAGUCACAGUGACAACAGUAGAAUCAACUUUGAUCUCAAUGCAGAAUUUUCUACCGAGGAAAAUAAUUGCUCAGUGAAUAUCAUCGAUGAGAAUCCAUUUAUUUUGCCUGCACCUAAACCUGUUGUUGCUACCUCAAAAAUAACAUCAGGUUUGCCGGUGACCCCACUACAUUUUGAAGGUGAAUCUGGUUGGAAAGGUUCUGCUGCCACUAGUGCUUUCCACCCUGCACCUUCACGGAAGACUCCAGACAGUGAAAGGACAUCUUCUGGUUCAAAACAGAAACAUAAAAUCGUCGACAUUGAUUUGAAUGCAGCUGGGAGUGAGGAUGAUGAGGUGAUCAAUCAAGCAUCAGCAAAACAUCCUACUGGUGAUUCUUCAAUCGAAGUCACUUCUAGGAGCACAGAGAGAGUUAACCUAGAUUUGAACAGCUCAAUAAACAAUCCAAUUCAUCAACAGAUUGCUGUGCAAAGCGUGUCUCCAUCAUCAUCAUCUUCUUCGAGAUUGCCAUUAAUGAGAGAUUUUGACUUGAAUGAUGCCCCAUCUUUAUUCACUCUGGCCGGUUCUCAAAACCUUAACAAGUUACCUGUUGUGAAUGCCUCUAGGACAUGUCAAAGCUCAAUACGUGAUAGUUGUGACAUACCGACCAUGAGUUCAAGAGUGAUUGUGGAACCGCAGAGCUAUUCUGACCGAACACAUCAGACCCUGCCAACCACUGCUUAUGGAUACAAUGGAUUUCUAUCGAAGCCUGCCAUGUCUGGCACUGCAUUAUACAGACCUCAGAACAUCCCGUACCAUGACUCCAGUGGGACAACAUUGAUACCGAGGUGGCUCAACUCCGGAGCUUCUAGCUCAUAUCCUAUGCUCACAAUCGGUGAACCCUCAAACUUGGAUGAGCAAGGGCCUUCUCGACCUUCUCUGGAUUUGAAUUCCUGUAUGGAGAUUAGUUCCAAACCAGGUAGCUCUAAUCAAUUCUAUCAAUUCUUGGAAGAACACUCAACUGCUUCGCGGCCUGAGAGUUCUUCAGGCAUGACAGCACACAAACGCAAAGAACCCGACUCUUCUGGGUAUGAGACUUACCCAUUAGACGGUAAACAGGUGAUGCCAUCCUGGUUAUAGAUAAUUUCCCGCAACGUCAAGAGCUCUUCACUUCAAAUAUCAUUUGGAGUUCAUGAAUCAUUCAAAGCUAAGAAUGACCCGUAAAAGAUUCGGUGCAAUUGUUCUAAUAUGUUCUUACUUGUUUUAGUAUACUGGGUGAUUGCAGCAGGUGGAACAUUGGAUGGUGCAAUUCUCUUGUAAUUGUUGAGUAAGAAAUUUAUCUUUGGUGUUGAGGUUUUGAUUAUA